CCAUGUUUUUCAUGUUCUAUUUAUACAGCUCCUUCUGAGCCUCCUCUUUUUACAAUAAUCUUCUUUCUCUCUUGAACUUAUCAUCAUCAUCAUCAUUCAUAGCUAUGAAGCAGGGUUUUCAUGUCUUUCUCAUCUUUUUUUCCCUUCUUUCUCUUCUUUUAUCCCACUCAAUAUCUGCACGUUCACUUCCAAAAACACAAGGUGAAAAGGAGGGGAAGCUUCAUGCUGUUGUUCAUACAACUACGUUCAAAGAGCUGAUGGGUUCCGAGUGGGAGAGUUGUGAUGACAAAGAUGAAGAAUGCCAAAAGAGAAGGAUGACCGCAGAAGCUCACUUGGAUUAUAUUUACACCCAACACAACAAGCCUUGAAUAUGUAGUUUAAUUUUAUCAUGAAACGUUCUUCAAUAAAAAGCGUGUUCUGUAAACAAGUUGUGCUUUGGUAUGAUAUAAAAUUGUAUAUAAUACAUAAUCCUCUCACACUCAGUGUAUGAAUGUUGCUUCGGCUUUGUUAAGUAAUGAAUAGAUUUUGUUUGA